UGACGCUGCAGUACUGCAGUAAACAGUACUCGAGACACAAAAUCACCAUUCGAGCGUGUAGGAAGCAGGGCCCUAUCGUACCGAGUAGCUCUACUUCCCCUCCACUUCGUGCGUCUCCGAUAAUAUAACAAACUGGUGCAGUACUGCAAACCGUCACUCAGGAGGAACAUUUCGCUAUUCCAUUCGCUGCGCCGGUAGCAUCAAUAUCAACAUAAUAGUCACCGCAUAGAAAACAAACCGUUACAUCACAUUCGAAAUCACAGCCAACUAACAACAGAGACUGUCAGUAAACACCACUUUCUUUUUUUACCAAAUUGCAUUUAUCACUUCUCCCCGAGACUUCACAAAAGCCAGAAGGUCCGAAAAGUAGGUUCCUUCUCUCGUCAACCGGAUCCACACUGAAUUCAUUAUUCCCCUCAUUUCUUUUGCGUUCCGACAGACGCAGUACUAUCAUGGCGGAUAUCACGAACGGGCACGGAAGCGAUCAUAUGAACGGGACCCAUGGUAAUGGUACUGGAUGCCACAGUAAUGGGAUCACUACUUUCACCGAUAGUAUUUCCAACAGCCAUUCCACCUCGAAUAGCGUCGACGGCACCCACGGGAACGGCGAUCUGACAUACCGCAACGGAAACCAUACACCUUCCCCAGACAUGGGCGGCCGCGACCAAGAGCCCUACGACUUGGUAUGCGUUGGCUUUGGUCCAGCCUCCCUGGCCAUAGCAAUAGCCCUGCAUGACCAAAAGGCGCAGGCCAGGGUGCUGUUCCUUGAGCGUCAACCGGAAUUCGCAUGGCAUGCAGGAAUGAUUCUUCCUGGCUCCCGAAUGCAGAUUUCCUUCAUCAAGGACCUUGCAACCCUAAGGAACCCUCGAUCGGAAUUCACUUUCCUGAAUUAUCUUCGCGAGAAAAACAGAUUAGUAGCCUUCACCAAUCUUGGCACCUUCUUGCCGCUGAGAGAGGAGUACAACGAUUACAUGGCCUGGUGCGCUUCGCAUUUCGAGAAUUGUGUAAGGUACGGGCAAGAUGUCGUUUCAGUUGCUCCUAUUGGCGAGAAACCGAUCCAAAGUUGGGCGGUAACGUCAAGAGAUAUCAAAAACGGCCAAGAGAAGAGGUUGACCGCGCGACAUGUGAUAAUUGCAGUGGGAGGGAAACCCAAUAUUCCCAAAGCAUUUCAACAAAAUCCCCUUAACUCACGUAUCAUCCACUCGUCCGGAUAUUCAUCCGCCGUUCCAAAGCUUUUGAAUGACAAGAAUAAAGCGUAUAAGAUAGCUAUCGUGGGCGGCGGCCAGAGCGCCGCUGAAAUCUUUAACGACAUGCACUCCAGGUAUCCCAACUCCAAGACCAGCCUAAUUAUCAAGGGAUCAGCAUUGAGACCAAGCGACGAUAGUCCUUUUGUCAAUGAGAUUUUUGAUCCAUCUCGUGUCGAUCUGGUGUAUUCGAUGCCAACAGAAAUUCGUAGAGAGUCCAUAGUUCAAGAUCGUACCACAAACUAUGGUGUCGUCCGUCUCGAGCUUAUCGAACAUCUGUAUGAGACGCUCUACCACCAAAGAUUGCAGAAUCCAAGCGAGGCAGAAUGGCAACACCGCAUUAUACCCCUGCGGGAGGUUGCUGGGGUGGAGGAAAACAAGCUUGGUGAAAUCCAUCUCCAGUUAAAGAAUGCUAGGACGGGUGCGGCGGAGACCACGCCAGGAUUUGAUGCCAUAAUUAUCGCGACGGGAUAUGUUAGAAAUGUUCACGAGACCUUAUUGAAACCUGCGAGAGGAUUUCUAGAAGGAAAGAGCUGCCAGGUGAACAGAGACUACCGUGUCCAAUUCAAGGAAGGUGUAGUCGCAAACAAUUCGGGUGUGUGGUUGCAAGGUUGCUGUGAAAGUACACAUGGGUUGAGCGAUACGCUUCUAUCAGUGCUUGCAGUUAGAGGUGGAGAGAUUGUCGAGUCCAUUUUCGGCGAAGAAUUGCAUGCUGCGAGUAUUAUUGAAAAAUCAGUGCGCAAAUACACCGAUGCCAUUGUUAAGGACAUCGUUAAUGGAUUAAGAGCGAAAGAUACUAGUAACAGACAAGCUUGA